AUGUCCCUCGCAGAUGCAUCAGAGGCCCGCAAAUCGCGUCUUAUUGCCCUUAGAAAGCGGAAAGCCGGCGAAGAUGUUGAUGGGGACAAUGAGGCCACCCAGCCGGUCAUCAAGCAUCGACUUUUUGAUCCAGAGAGCCGUACUCUGAAGAAACGGACUCAAGAUGACGAUGUCACAAUGGAGGAUACUGUAGAGAAGAAAGUCGACGGUCUUGCAGAGGCAAUCAUCUCAGAGGACAAGGAACGGAGGGCACAGGACCUUGAUUUAUUCAACAUUGCGCCCAAACGUCCAAAUUGGGACUUGAAACGCGAGAUGGAGAAAAAGCUCGCGAAGCUAGAACGGAGAACGCAGGAGGCGAUACAUACCCUCAUACGACAACGUUUGUCCGCGCAAAAAGGACAAUCAGACGACAUCGUAGGCGCCAUGAGAGCGCAAGAAAGAGCGGGUCAAGCAGAAGGCGAUGAUUCCGACGAAGAUAUCUGA